UAUCCGCUUUCACACUGUUCUUUAAACACUUUCGGCAUGGCUGCGGACAGCACUAUGUCUAACGGUCAGGAAACCGCCUCCCUGAAUGGCGAGCCCGCGCUCAAGCGUUCCCGGGAAAGCGGAGGGGUGGAAUCUCUGCGGAUUCCGCGGGAGCCUCAGAAUAAAGUGACGGUAGUGCUGGGCGCUCAGUGGGGAGAUGAGGGGAAGGGGAAAGUGGUCGACCUCUUGGCUAUGGACGCCGACAUUGUUUGCAGAUGCCAGGGAGGAAAUAACGCGGGACACACAGUGGUGGUCGACUUGGUGGAAUAUGAUUUUCACUUGCUGCCGAGUGGCGUUCUCAACAAAAAGGCCAUUUCUUUCAUUGGAAAUGGUGUUGUGAUACACCUGCCAGGGCUGUUUGAGGAGGCUGAGAAGAACUUGCAGAAAGGCAAUGGACUUCAAGGAUGGGAAGAACGACUGAAGAUAUCCGACCGGGCACAUAUUGUGUUCAACUUCCAUCAGGCAGUUGAUGGGAUACAGGAGCAGCUCAGACAGGAGCAGGCAGGGAAGAAUUUGGGCACCACUAAGAAGGGCAUUGGCCCUGCAUAUUCCUCCAAAGCUGCACGGAAUGGACUAAGAGUGUGUGAUCUGGUCUCUGACUUCUCAAUCUUUGAGGAAAAGUUUCGGGUGCUGGCUGGUCAUUUUCAGACCACAUACCCCAAACUUAACAUCGAUGUUGAUGCUGAACUUGAGCAGCUGAAGGGUUAUGCUGAAAGGUUACGACCAUUAGUAACUGAUGGAGUUUAUUUCAUGCACAAAGCCCUCACUGGGCCAAGCAAAAAGAUUCUGGUGGAAGGAGCCAAUGCUGCCUUACUGGAUAUUGAUUUUGGGACCUACCCCUUUGUGACUUCGUCAAAUUGCACCGUUGGAGGUGUCUGCACAGGCCUUGGUGUCCCCCCAUCUCAUGUUGGACGAGUGUAUGGAGUGGUGAAGGCCUACACCACUAGGGUCGGAGUGGGAGCAUUCCCCACUGAGCAAGAUAAUGAUGUCGGGAACCUGCUGCAGAGCAGAGGGAGGGAAUUCGGUGUCACGACAGGCAGGCGGCGUCGCUGUGGAUGGCUGGACCUGGUUUUGGUUCGCUACGCCCACAUGAUUAAUGGUUUCACAGCCAUUGCACUGACCAAAUUGGACAUUCUUGACACAUUGCCAGAAAUAAAGGUUGGCAUUGCCUACACUGUUGAUGGAAAGCCUCUUCCCAGUUUUCCUGCUAACAUGGAUGUGUUGACCAAGGUUCAAGUGACCUAUGAGACAUUACCUGGCUGGGGUUGUAGCACUGAGGGAGUGCACAGUUUUGAUGAACUGCCAACUCAGGCACAGGCUUACAUUCGCUUUAUUGAGAAUUUCCUACAGUUGCCAGUGAAGUGGGUGGGAAUUGGCAAGUCAAGAGAAAGCAUGAUAAAGCUGUUCUGACGAGAAGAAUUUGAAAACAUGAACUUCAUUUGAUGGUCUGCCAGGAUGUCUGACAUCAUGACAAUUGGGGAACCAGAACUUUUUUUAUAUAUGCAUCAGCGCUGAGUUUAAGACUGACCGUGGGUUUAGAAUCCAUAGAAUGUCCCACUCAAAGUGAACACCAGCAAUGUGUCUAGAGGUUGGGUUUGGAUAAACCUGACCUUGCUUCCCUGCAAUCAUAAUUUCUGGACUCGUAUGUAUUUUUUCCAAAGCGCUUCCCAGAACUGCUCAGAACAUACCUAUUAAUCAGUAGUAGUAGGCUGAAGCCUUUGUCAAAAAUGUAAUGAAUAGUUGAGCUUCAGAGAGAAGCAUGUCAUGUUUUUAUAAUAUCUCUUCAAAUGAAAUUUUGCACCUUUUGCAUUGAGCAAAAUACUAGAUUAAUUGCUAUUAGGUGGUUAAAACCAAACUGAUUUUUAAGGUGUCAUGUAGUGCGCUGUUAAUUUUUUACGUAAUGAAGUGUGUUGACUGUGGAAUAAGCGAAUCUCGUUUUGUCUUUUUAAUUUUGUUUUUGAAUACUUUUGAGAAUGGUUUGACAUGGUUUAAACACCAAAAAGGACCUUCACACAAGACUUUGUGAUAAUGAAAGGGAAAAAAAGGCAUUGUUAACCUUCUGUCAGUGAUAGUUCACUCGGUCAGAGUUCUUUAAAAAAAAAAAAAAAAAAAAAGGAAGGACACCGAUGUAUGUACAAAUAUACAUCGCAAUUUACCUGGGGUUCAAACUCAUUUGCUGCUGGGUUUUUUUAACAAUAAACUGCAAAACUUUGCUACUGA